AUGCCGGGGCUGCUCACGGGCAGCUUUGCUCCGGGCUCCGGCUGCCGGCCCGGCAGCACAGUGCUGUCUCACAACCUGUACACGGUGCUGUGCAUCCCUCACGAUCCCGUGGCGCUGGAAGAGCAUUUCCGCGAUGACGACGACGGGCCGGUGUCCAGCCAGGGCUACAUGCCCUACCUCAACAAGUACAUCCUGGACAAGGUGGAGGAAGGUGCUUUUGUCAAGGAAAACUUCGAUGAGCUCUGCUGGACCCUGACCGCAAAGAAGAAUUACAAGCCCGACCGGAACGGGAAUAGCGUUAUAUCCCACCAAGACGCCUUCAGGCUCUGGUGUCUCUUCAACUUUCUGUCUGAAGACAAAUACCCUCUCGUCAUGGUGCCAGAUGAGGUGGAGUACCUGCUGAAGAAGAUCUGCACGGCCAUGAACGUGGAGCUGAACUCCUGCGAGCUGGAUGACUACCUCUCCCAGGAGGCGCAGGGGCAGGCGGGGCUGACGGUCUGGCAGUUCUUGGACAUGGUGAACUCGGGGCGGUUCCUGCGAGGCAUCGAGCAGGAGGCCGUCAGCAUGGCCGUGGAGGAGGUGUAUCAGGAGAUCAUCGAGGAUGUGCUCAAACAGGGCUACCUCUGGAAGAAGGGCCAGCUGAGGAGGAACUGGUCGGAGCGGUGGUUCACGCUGAAGCCCAGCGUCCUGUCCUACUACAUGAGUGAGGAACGUAAGGAGAAGAAGGGGAGCAUUGCAUUGGACAAGCACUGCUGCGUGGAGGUGCUGCCCGACCGGGAUGGGAAGAGGUGCAUGUUCUGCGUGAAGACCCCCUCCCGCACCUACGAGAUGAGUGCCUCCGACACCCGGCAGCGCCAGGAGUGGACCCUCGCCAUCCAGACGGCCAUCCGGCUGCAGGCUGAGGGCAAGAAGUCCCUGCACAAAGACCUGAAGCAGAAGCGACGGGAGCAGCGGGAGCAACGGGAGCAGCGCAAGGCGGCCAAGGAGGAGGAGACGCAGCGGCUCAAGCAGCUCCAGGAGGAGAAGGAGAAGAAGCUGCAGGAGCUGGAGCUGCUCAAGGAGGCCCAGCGGCAGGCAGAGAUACUCUUGCAGGAGGAGGAGCAGCGGCGGAGGCAGCAGCACGAGGAGAUGCAGAGGACCCUGAAGAUCCAGCUGCAGGAGGCCGAGCAGGCUCGCGCCUCCAUGCAGGCAGAGAUGGAGCUGAAGGAGGCGGAGGCAGAGCGCCAGCGCAAGCGCAUCCUGGAGCUGGAGGACAUGCAGGAGCGUCUCCAGGAGGCCCUGCAGCAGGAGGUGAAAGCACGGCAGGAUGAGGAGUCUGUGAGAUACGCGCAGGCCAGGCUACUGGCUGAGGAGGAGGAGAAGCUGAAGCAGCUGAUGAAGCUGCAGAAGGAGCAAGAGGAAUAUAUCAUCAAAACUCAGCGGGAGAAGCAAGUCCUCAAGCAGGAGAUGGAGAACAAGAACAAGUGCCUGGAAGAGGCACAGAAGCAGCUGGAAGAAGUGAGAGUGAACAGGCAGCGGGUGGACCAGGACGUCAUGGCGGCCCAGCGGAAGCUGCGACAGGCCAGCACCAACGUCAAGCACUGGAACGUCCAGAUGAACCGACUGAUGCACCCCAUCGCGCCGGGAGACAAGCGUACGAAUGUGAGCGGAGGAGGCUUCGCUGGCUACCAACCCCUCCUCUCCCGGAGAGAUUCCUCCCUCAAACUCAAGCAGAAAGUGCAGGAUAAAAGCAGUGACAGCACAAGGGACGACAGCAAGGAAAACGUGAGCAACGGCGGGAACAGCGGCGCGACGCUGUCUCCGGACGCGGACACCAUGGCCAUGGAGCCCACCAACUAGCCCGGCAGGAUGGCAGAGCCC